AAAAAACUCGUAAGAAAAACAGGAGGACCUGGAGCAUUGAGAAAAUGGUACAUGCGAUGGACCCGAAUCGACCUGCAAGGAAUCAAAUCCAUGAGAAAGAGGAAGACGCGAUGAUGACAGACUGGCAUAUGGAGCGCGAGCUUUCCUUCGCCAUGUCUCUUCACCAUCGUCUGGGUGGCAACAGCAUGGCUCGAAUGCUGCAAUCUGAAGAACUUUGCAACCUUGUCUGCAAGAUGGCUAAGACACCUGUCUUAUGCGUCAUUGGGGGCAAAGAUCAUCAAAGCAAUGACAGCAUAUCAGCCGUGGAGUGUUAUGAACCAGACUCUCAGAGAUGGUUCAAACUCCCGCCGAUGCCCUUUCCCCGUCGCGGCCUUGCGGCAGCAGCACUCGAUGAUCGCGUCUACAUCGUUGGCGGUCAAUACUGCGGCCAGUACACUCCUCCAUCGGGCACGGCGCCCAUCUUCUGCAGGUAUCAUCCCAACGCCAUGGUGCAGUCCUUCAGCGACAAGCUGGGAGACUGGAGGAACGAGGCCCCGCUGCCCACAGCUCGAUCGUACCUUGCAGCCACAGCCCUCAAGGGACAGCUCUAUGCUCUCGGGGGCUUCGAUGGCACUCUGGGGAACCGCUACCUGGCUACCGUGGAGAAGUAUUGUCCUCUGAUGGAUACAUGGGUGUCUUGCUCGCCUCUCCCUUCCGAGAGAAGCCACCUUGCCUCGGCUGCCUACGGAAACUCCAUCUACGUCUUCGGGGGAUACUGUUCAGGCGCAGCUGUCUCCUAUGUCGACGUCUAUGAUGUGGUGACGGACGAGUGGAAACGAGGACCUUGCAUGCCCACUGCUCGUGACUCGCUUGCUGCCGCCGUUCUCAAUGGAAAAUUCUUCGCUUUGGGAGGAUGCACGAGUGGGGGAGUGACGAGCUUGGCGUCUGUUGAGAGCUUCGAUCAUCGCUCGGGCAAGUGGGAAACAGAAACGCCCAUGCCGACCACUCGAGCUCUGCUGGGCGCUGCUGUGCUUAACGGCCGCAUCUUCGUGGUAGGAGGGACCACGGCGUACAACUGCCUCAACUCCGUCCACAGGUGA